AAUUUCAUUCAAUAUCUGCCUGUAAUCGUAGUCCUUAUUUGAACUAAGUGCAAUGGCAACCAUGGAAAAACUGUCACCCAAAUAUGGAGAUAUGGUCACCAUUCUUAGCAUUGACGGAGGAGGAGUCCGGGGAAUAAUCCCUUCAACUAUCCUUGAAUUUCUAGAGACAGAGCUUCAGAAACUGGAUGGCCCAGACGUCAGAUUAGCAGAUUAUUUCGAUGUCAUUGCGGGGACAAGCACAGGAGGACUCGUUACUGCAAUGUUAACUGCUCCAAACAAGGAAAACAGACCACUGUUUGCCGCUAAGGACGUUAAACAGUUCUAUAAGGACGAGAGCUGUUCAAUUUUCCCAACCAGAGGGUUCAUUUGGGGAUGGUUGCUAAAAAUUUACGCUUUCCUGAGAGGCCCAAAAUAUACGGGGCGUUAUUUGCACAAUCGGGUUAAAGAAUUAGUGGGUGACAUUCGAUUGCAUGAUCUACUAACUAAUGUGGUGAUCCCAACAUACGACAGCCAUUUACAGCAGCCUGUAAUUUUCUCUACUUUUCAGGCCAGAGACGAUGUCUCAAAAGAUGCAUAUUUAUCAGAUGUAUGCAUUGGUACUUCCGCAGCCCCAACAUAUCUUCCUGCUCACUAUUUUGAGACAAAAGAUUCAUUUGGCAUCCCCAGACCAUUCCACCUCAUAGAUGGAGGAGUGGCUGCUAAUAAUCCAACUUUGGUUGCUAUGAACGAAGUGACAAAAGAAUCCCUCAACCACCCCGAAGAAUGGGUAACCCUAAGAAAAGCAAAGGACAAGAGAAAUAUUUUGGUGCUAUCUCUUGGAACUGGAUACAAAACGGCAACCUACAAAGCCAGUGAUGUUUCAAAAUGGGGACUCUUGGGAUGGCUUCGUCAGAAAGAUAUGGUACCAAUAGUGGACACUUUUAUGCAAUCAAGUUCCGAUAUGGUGGACAUUCAUUCUUCCUUACUCUUCCACACCUUUCAAUCGGAACAAAACUAUCUCAGAAUUCAGGAAAACGAAUUGAUGGGAGAUGCAGCCUCUGUUGAUAUCUCUACUAAGGAAAAUCUUGAGAACCUUGAAGAGAUAGGCAAAGAGCUUCUGAAAAAGUAUGUGUCCAGAGCCGAUUUUCAGACGGGAUUGUUUGAGGAAGCUUAUGAUGAGGGUACCAAUGGCGAUAGGUUGAUCAGGUUUGCUAAGGAACUCUCAAACGAAAGAAAGGUUCGAAUAAUCGCACGUUCAUCUGCGGAUACAGCUCAGAAUCCUGUCCCAGCUCCCUAAUCAUCUGUGUAAACUUCAAUGUAACCACGUGAUCAAUGACCCUUUCGAUACUUUUUUUAAUGUGUGCUCCAUUUCCCUGAUAGUCAGUUGUUUUGUUUUUCUCUCUCUG